AUGCACGGGCCGCGCAGCCUUGUCGAUCCUUACCCCCGGCCACAGCCUGCCAGUGCAGCCGGGCCCCGGCCCCGCAAACCCUUCUCGGGCUUGCUCCCCCACGCCAAAAUGCAGAGAGGCCAGAAGGAACCCGCUUGGGGGAAGGGAUGGGUCCCAGCUCCCCCUUCGGAGCCGCAGACUCCCCGCGAUCUCGGCAGGGCUAGCAGGGGCCUUCGACUAGAGUGGAUGCCCCGUGGAUGGGCAACUCCGGGACACCCCGCCCAGCUUCGGUCCCAGGAAGGGCGGAGCCUGGCCCCUCCUGGUCCAAUCUGGUCCCAUGGGGGUCGCGCCGAUGAGCGCAUCUAUUCCCGCGGUGGGCGGGACGGCUUCUGUCCCGUCCCGUCCAAUCCUGUCUCCCAAGAGGAGCAAUACGGGCGUGGCUCUACCGCUCCUCAUCCAAUCCAAGUUUGUGGGGACGCGUCCCUGAGCGAGGAGGCGGUGCCUUGCUUCCUUUUGGCCAUUUCUGCGCCCUCCCAACCCCCUCUUUCCCUGCGAUGGGCGGGGCCAGGCCGCCGGGCCUUACAGGUCUGGCCCCAGCGGUUGAAGGCGGAGAGGCGUCCUAGGGCGAGGAGGCGGGUGUCGUCAUGGCCGCUGCGAUGCUUCGGCGCGGAGGCCCGGUGCUCCGGGGCUUUUUCCCGCUGCUUCUGGAGAGCGCAGCACGCCAAAGCCCACCCCAAGCAGGACCCGGGCCUGGGCUUUAGCUUCGAGCUCACUGAGCAGCAGAAAGAGUUCCAAGAGACGGCCCGAAAGUUCGCCCGAGAGGAGAUCCUUCCUGUGGCUGCCCAGUAUGACCGGACCGGCCAGUACCCCGUGCCGCUCAUCAAGAGGGCCUGGGAGCUGGGCCUCAUCAACUCGCAUCCCGAGAGCUGCGGUGGCCUCGGGCUUGGCAUCUUUGACGCUUGCCUCAUCACCGAAGAGCUGGCGUACGGCUGCACGGGCGUCCAGACCGCCAUCGAGGCGAAUUCUCUGGGGCAAAUGCCAGUCAUCCUCGCGGGGAACGAGCAGCAGCAGAAGAAGUACCUGGGCAGGAUGGUGGAGCAGCCCCUGAUGUGUGCUUACUGUGUCACAGAGCCUGGAGCAGGCUCUGACGUGGCUGGCUUACAGACCCGAGCGGAGAAGAAAGGCGACCAGUAUGUCAUUAAUGGCCAAAAGAUGUGGAUAACCAAUGGAGGAAAAGCCAACUGGUACUUCCUUCUGGCUCGGACCCACCCUGAUCCCAAGGCCCCCGCUAAUAAAGCCUUUACUGGAUUUAUUGUAGAGGCAGAUACCCCGGGAAUCCAGAUCGGAAGAAAGGAGAUGAACAUGGGCCAGCGGUGCUCUGACACCAGAGGGAUCGUCUUUGAAGACGUGGUCGUGCCCAAAGAGAAUGUCCUCAUUGGAGAAGGAAAUGGUUUCAAAAUUGCAAUGGGUGCUUUCGAUAAAACCAGACCUCCAGUUGCCGCUGGUGCCGUGGGCCUUGCCCAGAGAGCCUUGGACGAAGCUACCAAGUACGCCUUGGAGAGGAAGACGUUUGGAAGGCAUCUUGUGGAGCACCAAGCCGUGUCCUUUCUGCUGGCUGAAAUGGCCAUGAAGGUCGAGCUGGCCAGACUGAGUUACCAGCGAGCGGCUUGGGAAGUGGACUUGGGUCGCCGAAAUACCUAUUAUGCUUCUAUUGCCAAAGCGUUUGCUGGGGACAUUGCAAACCAGCUAGCCAGUGACGCUGUGCAGAUUUUUGGAGGCAACGGAUUUAAUAGUGAAUACCCGGUGGAAAAGCUCAUGAGAGAUGCCAAAAUUUACCAGAUUUACGAAGGCACGGCUCAAAUCCAGAGGCUUAUUAUAGCUCGGGAGCACAUCGGCAAGUACAAGAAUUAAGGACUCUCCGCCCGCUGGCCUAGAAAUGGGAAAAGACUGCAAUGGCUUUCUUCACGAGAUGAGGAACAAAUGGUAUUUGCGGAUGACCGACCCUUGUUUUCUACCUUUGCUUGUGUGGAAGGGGAAAUUUGGGCUUCAUUAAAAUACUCGUAUCUUCUU